AUGUCAUCGUGGGUAACAAGCUUCCUAGGAUAUGAUCCAACGGAGAAUACAUAUAAGCUACUUUCGCUGGGAUAUGGUACUUGGAACCGGGACAAAUACAGAAAGCCACAAAUUCUUACACUGGGCUGUCAAGAAUCAUGGAGGGUGGCUGAGAAUAGCCCUCUACACUAUCCUAGAGAUUUUGUGCAUUUCAUCAACGGAGUUGUGUAUUAUAAGACAGAUUUAUCCCCUGACUGCACUAAGAAAUUCAUUAUGAGUUUUGAUGUGAAGUCAGAACAGUUCAAAUCAAUCCAAAUGCCUGGUCAUGUUGGAUCAGGGUCUGAUAAGUUGAUUAGUGAAUCUAUAAUGAGCUACCAAGGGAAAUUAGCAUGGGUUUGCAAUAAUUUAGAUUUUAUCAAGAUAUGGGUUUUGCAGGAUGCUGAAAAACAAGAAUGGGCAUAUAAAGAUAUUAUUAUACCUUUACCUCAGAGAGAUUUGGUAAAGAGUGGUAAUUUGUUAAUAAGUGGGACUGAUGCUGGUGAAUUUAUCUAUAUACCGAUCAACAUAAGCUUCAAGGAUAUUUCUGCUUUUUAUUAUGACCCGGUGAGAAACAGUAUCCGAAGUGUCAAAGCACUUGAAUAUGAUCAAUUUAGGCGCUUUUAUGGAUCUUGUAACGACCAUAUGUAUAGUCUCGAACCUCUUCCGGAUCACAUCGAGAGUCUCGUGUCUCUUAAGGACAUUAUGUCUUCUUCACCACCGGCCUUUGCGUGA